AUGCGGGGGGAGGGGGAGGGGGGGGUUUAUGGGAGUAGGGGAGGGGGCGCGGAGGGGGGGGGCGGGGGAGGGGGGGGAGGGGAGUGGGCCAACGGUGGGCGGGGGGGGGUUGGGGGGGAAAGGGGGGGGGGUGGGGAGUGGGGGGGGGGGGGAGGGGGGGGGUCGGGUGGGGUGUUUGUUACCCGGGGGGGGGGGCGGGAGCUGUGGUUUGGGGAGGUUCCGGGGGUGUGUACUGGUGGGGGGCCGGGUUUGGGGGGGGGGGGGGUGGUGGUUGCGGGGGGUGGGGGGGUCGGGUGGGGGUGA